AGCGUAGGGUUGCAUUGCAAGUGUUGACUAUACCAGUUCGAUUCGCUAGUCUGCAAUGCUUGAUGAAUCGAAAACAGCUUGUAUUUGAUACUUCAAAGAAAUCUACUCACAACUACCCGGCAUUUCCAAGAUCCAUAACUCUUGUAAAUAUAAGAAAACUCCACAUCAAAAUAUUAAUUUGCCAUACAAAUCCAUUGUAACAGAAUUUGUAUACUCAUUAUUUUGAACGCGGCUCAUGUUUUCUGCGAACAGGGUGUAUCUAACAUAGAUAGGAGUAAAUGCAUUCGAACACCUUGCGUCGCCGCUUUGUUGUUGUUGCCAGUUAUCACAAAUAUUUUCUUGACUAUUAUUAGCGUUUACUCGCCUUAUUAGGCGCACACUGGAGACGGAAACACUCGCACAACCGCCGACACACACAGCCGUGCAUGAGAAGGGUCGUCAGAACGCUCUCCGCCAGCGCCAAAGCCGGAGCGCCAGCGAAUGUCAUGAGCAAAUUUGCAAAGUACAAAUUCAAAUCAGUUUUGUCGCGUUAACUCGGCCGUUUGGUUGGCUGAGCAGUUGGACGGACGCCGGGCACUCGUCGCUUACUAUUUCUUACUAUUUCCCCAACAACUUAACAAACCGCAACAAAGCGGAGUGUGACAGCACACAUACAAACACACCAGCGCCUUUCCGUUGGUUCCGUUCGCACUUGAGCAGUUAGUAGGCGCCGAUCUGUAAUCGCUCAUAGUCAAAAUAAAUAAAUAAACAUUACAAUAACAACAAAUCGAUAAGUGAAAAGUGGCAAACGAAAGAUCGGCAGAUACGCGUAAGCAGAAGAAUUGAGAAGCGCGAAAUCGCGAAAGUGGUGUAAGGGGAAGCGGGAGUAUGUGCAAAAACUUUGUUCACGUCGUCCUUCGGUCAGUUUCACCGCCAUGCCUCCCGGCGUUCUAGUCAACGACAGUCGCAGCAAUUCCACCGACGAUAUACAAAUCGCGUUAGCGCCACACAUACAAACCUAUCUAAGUCAAACGGGGCGACGGCAUUCCUGCUGCAGCGUCAUGUUGCCGGUGGCAUUCGAACGCGCCUCGUCCAAAUCGUGGAUGGAUCCCAAAUUCGAUUCACCCGUGCUGGAGGGCCAGUUUCAGACCAGCGUAUUUCCACACGUACGCAUGCGAUACAGAUUUGCGCUCUCCUACAUUUUGAUCUGUUCACUUUCGUGGUUCCUGUACUUCCUGAUUGAUGGCGGCUCGGAGCAUUAUUGGCGCCCGAUUUCCAGCGCCUUCUCAAUGCUCACACUCAUCACGAUCACCGCUUUGUGCUUCACGCACUGGGACAUGUACCGCGCCUACCGAAGAUUGACUUCUGCUCUAACAGCCAUUGUGCUGUGCGCCUUCUCCUUGGCCUUCCUUAUCUGCACGGGUCGCGCCUUUAGUCCGCUCGGUCACUUCUCCAUAUGCGUAUCGAUCGUGCUCCUCAUAUACACCGCACUACCCAUGCAGCUGUGGCUGAGCGCCUUCAUCGCAAUCGUCUACUCAGUGCUCUUCGAAGUCGCCUCACACAAGGUGGUGGGCAAUAGCGCCACACAUGGCACCGCCACCGAGUGUAAUAAUAAAAUCAUGUUGUUGCGCAUUCUACUGCACAUCUGCGUUCACUUGGUGGGAGUGCAUGUGCUAGUUAUGAAUGUGGUGCGCAUGCGCGGCAUGUUCAUGAAGAUCGGACAGAAUUUGCUGGUACGCCGCCAACUGGAGAUGGAGAAGCAACUUAAGGAGAAAAUGAUACAUUCGGUGAUGCCACCGAAAGUGGCCAAUAUGCUGCUGAACGAGGGUGGCGCCAGCGGCAUUGAUACCAAAGAUGGUGUAGUCGAUCCAGAUUCUCACUACGUGCGACCACGUACUUCCAACGACCUGAAAUCACUGUUUCGUCCAUUUCACAUGCAUAGCAUGGAUAAUGUGAGCAUAUUGUUUGCGGACAUUGUAGGUUUCACGAAAAUGUCCUCCACCAAGACGGCCGAGCAGCUGGUGGAGAUACUCAAUGACCUGUUCGAACGUUUCGACGAUCUCUGCACACUUAAUGGCUGCGAGAAAAUCUCCACCCUAGGUGACUGUUACUAUUGUGUAUCUGGUUGCCCGGAACCACGUGCCGAUCAUGCGAUUUGCUGCGUCGAGAUGGGCCUUGGCAUGAUUGAUGCGAUGCGUUGCUUCGAUGCUCAGCGGCAUGAGGGUGUUAAAAUGCGUGUCGGUGUUCAUACUGGUACCGUAUUGUGCGGUAUUGUGGGCACAAGACGCGUAAAAUUCGACGUUUGGAGCAACGACGUGUCCUUAGCCAACAAAAUGGAGUCCUCUGGUAAGCCAGAGCAAGUGCACAUCUCUGAGGAAACAUCUAACUUUCUAGGUGAUGCUUAUCUACUGGAGGAGGGCGAAGAAGUUUUCGGUCAUCGCACGUAUUUUGUUGUCGGUCGCCGAAAAGAUGUAUCGCGCGCCAACAGUCUGAGCCCUAGCAUACCCGCCAACUACGACGGCAGCCACUUGCAGCUGCCUGGCAUACCUGGACAACCAACACCGCUCUCGCAGAGCGCCACAAACAUUUCGGUUAUCCAUCCAAAUGUACCGCCCGCCUCACCAGUGGGACAACUUUCUUCCUCACUCAAUCCCUCGCCAGUGCUUUCGAUGCGACCGCGACUCACCUCGCUCAGUAUGAAACUGCGCAAGAAGUCCCAAAGUCGUGAACGUGACAUCGAACGAGGCAUUGUACAUCCUGAUGGCAUGGGUGUGGCACCUGUUGUUGUGGUGCGUGAAAGACCAAAGAUUAUUAUAACCACCAAGAGUCUACCCGGCAGUUUGGACUCCGCUGAUGAGCCCGACAAAGUGGAAGAGGGCUGUUGUAAUGGACUUAACGGCAUCAAUCACACCGCUCAAAAAAGUCAUAACACAGAAGAAAGUGGACGAACAAAACUUAAAUUGAAGGUGGGUAAAGUGCCACGUUUCUUUAAGAAAAUCGAAGAUAUUGUCAAGCAUACAGACAAACCAUCAAACACAGAUGUGGUUAAUAAUGUACCCAUCUCCAAGGCCACCGCCGUAAAUACUGACGAAGCUGUCGCAUUCAUUGAACCAAAUGGUUACCAUCAACUACCAGUUGUGAUUGAAUCAUCCAAGCUACCAGUUUUAGGUCAUACACUGGAAAUACCACCACAGAAGCCCGUACUACACCAUGCCGCCACCUCGACCGGCAUCUCGCACAACUACGUGCGUUCUCCUGACGGUAGUUGUUGCUCCCCUGGUCAAUAUUCCAUGUUCGACGACAUCAUUGAUAUUCGGUCCUACAUAAGUCAGUCGCGCAGCGAUAUCUCACCUUUCGGCCGUUCCGGCAGCUAUCGUUCGCAGUGUGGUCGCAGUGGCAAGUCAGAAACAUCUCCUCUACCACGACCACGUGCUUCCACGCUCACUUCCACUACGGCCGAGAAAAGCAAUGAUGUACCCGCUGCUCAACCAUUAAUCGCCGGCGGUACAUCAUUCCCGUAUGCACCCACCACGACAGCCAAUCAUCAACCUCCGAACUCACGCAAUUCAAGCAUAUGGCCAGACGGCCUUAGUAUAUGCCCAUCCGCCACUUCGCGCAAGGAUUCCGGCAUCAAAAGCAACUCACGUCGCUCUUCGAUACAACAACAAAUUUAUGCACUCAACCAAUCCGCCAUUAGCCAACACCGCGUUUCUGGUUAUUUCACCAGUUCGACAUCAAGCAUUUCGAACAUAGGCGUGGUCACAACCUUACCACACGUGGCAAUUCCACCGAUACCACAGCCAAUACCGCAAGUAGCCGAUCCACUAGCAGCCUGUCUACAGCAGCUCCGCAAACAGUCCGACCUUCAGUUAAUACGUUGCGUACGUGAUAACGCUAAGUCUCAGCGAAGCUACCUUGUCAAGCCGCCGCUCAAACGUUUCAGUUUGUACUUUAAAUCACGGCAAAUGGAACGAGAUUUCCGCUCCAAAGCACAUCGUUUUGGCAAUGAAAACGAAACCGAAGGUCCACCUACUUUGGCCACACCCCGCUAUAAUACGUAUAUCGACAUUUUUGUCGGCCUUGCAGUGUACCUGUGCAUUUCGAUCUCGCUGUUUCUUAUGACGCCCAACACCGUUACGCCCAGCUUUCGGCUGUGGGUCUCACUCUUCACAGUCUUCACCGCUAUACAAAUAUUUGCGCUGUUCCUCUUCACGCGGCAAAUGUGCCGGCGCCACAACUCACAGGCGCGUACGAAAGUCAACGACACGGACUCAUGUGCCGACCGCAUAUUUGAAGCUAUUUCCAGUUGGUACCCCUGGCAUAUCUGUCUGGCCAUAUUGAUGGCGAUGCCGGUAAUACUGAUCAUAGCCAACUUCCUUUUGCUCGAUCUCAAUUUGCUUGAAGCUUUCGAGUACCACUAUGGCUUCUUAAUAUUCGUAUGCAUCGUGCAUUUCUGCAACUUCACACAGCUGAACUGUUGGAUGCGCAACACGUUGGCACUAAUGGCGGCUAUGUGUUUUGUUGGCAUUGCCGUAAGUCAACUGACAGUCUACUCAAAUCGGACGGAUGCAGCGGAGGCGGCAGCAAUCGCACAAAAUGCAACGCGCUUGCCAUAUCCCGGCACGGAGGGUGUAAAUUACCUCAUCGAAGAGAUCAAGUGGUUCCAGGACUAUCACGUGGAAAUUUAUCUAGACUUGUUGCUCAUACUGGUGCUGGUUGGAUUUUUGAACCGCGAGUUCGAGAUCGGCUACAGGCUAACCUUCUACGGUAACGCCGUGGCCAAUCAAGACAAGAUACGCGUACAGAACAUGAAAAAUCAAGCAGACAUGUUGCUACACAACAUCAUACCCAAACACGUCGCAGAACAUCUGAAAAACACCGCAAAAUACUCAGAAAACCAUCACAAUGUGGCGAUCAUCUUCGCCUCAAUAGUGAACUUUAACGAAAUGUACGACGAAAGUUAUCUCGGCGGCAAGGAAUACCUGCGUGUGCUGAACGAAUUGAUAGGCGACUUCGAUGAGUUACUGUCGCGACCCGAAUUCCAUUGUGUGGAGAAGAUCAAAACAAUCGGUUCGACAUUUAUGGCAGCUAGCGGGCUCGACCCGUCUCACCGCGGCGAGAAGCAUGAACACAUCCACGCUUUAAUGGAAUUUGCCAUUGCAAUGCAAGAAGUGGUGGACGCAUUCAACAAGGACCUGCUUGAAUUCAACUUAAUUCUACGUAUCGGCAUGAACAUCGGCGAUGUGACAGCCGGUGUCAUCGGCACGAGCAAACUUCAUUACGACAUCUGGGGCGACGCAGUCAAUGUAGCAUCACGUAUGGACUCUACGGGCGUGCCGAAUCGUAUACAGAUUGGCAAAGACUGUCUGCCCUUCCUGGCGGACAAGUACGAAUUUGAGCCACGUGGCAGCGUGUACGUUAAGGGCAAAGACCACAUGGAGGUAUACCUAUAUACGAUACGUAAAGGCGAGUGGGAGGAAGGCAAAGAGGAAAAAGAAGCUAUGGAAAAGGCAGAAAACACAGUAGCACCAGCAGAAGUACCGGGAGAAACGCCAGCGGAACCAAACGGUGUUGUGAAAGCAGAAAACGGUGACGUAGUUAAGGAAAACAAGGAUGUACUCUCAACGAACAAGGAAGUAACUUAAAAACCUAUACAACGCAGUGUGCUGUGAAUGGUAAAAAAUAUAUAUUGUUGAAAAUCAAGUGCUGUGAUGACGAAUGACCAACUGGCGUUGCAACGCUCCAUGGUCAGGAGGAACGCGUAGAGGCUUAGAGUAUUAGGUUGGCAUAACUGGAGGUACAUGAGAGCCAUUUGGAAAACUAUCAAUGUGAACUUAUUAGAAUUUCGCUUACGCUGAAGUAAUGCGUGUGACCGCUGAAGCAGUCGUCGCGCAUAGGUCCGAGGCCUUACGAAACUAAACGGGUAUCAAGAAUGGCAAGGUUUCAAAAAUUGCAUUUAUAGCGGGGGUUUAAUUAGAAAAAAUAAGAAAAAAACAAUGUUACUUGGAAAUUCGAUUAGGCAACUAAAUUGUGAUAUUGCAGUUAAUGCUGGGCGUAGACUAAAUGGGAAAUGUGUCGUUGACCGAAUUGGCAAAAUUGAGUGCAAAAAUAUUUAGAGUAAAUUGUUAUAUAACACUGGCACUUAUGUAGAAAGCAGUUUCUGUUCUUGUUGGCGGUUGUGGAAAGUUGCUGAGAGAAGUUAUGUACUUGAUUGAAUAUAAAUUGUUAUCUAAAGAAAUCUGCUAACAGGCAUGUAUACAAACUUACAUAACCUUAAAGCUGUUAUCACACGAAAUUUAUGCAUAGAUACAGUUAUCAAUGUGGCUUUCAAUGUCUUAGCGAUACCUUUAUUACAAACCGAACAUAUUUGAAUCAGAAAAUGUUAGAUUGAGACAAGGGAUUUUAAAACAACAAUACAAGUUUUAAAUAUUAUAUAACAUAAAUGCAUAAGAACACAUUAUGUAAUAGGGAAAACCUAUGCAAAAUGUUAAAAAUUAUGCUAAGCAGCAAAAUCUUGUUGUAGUGGAGAAAUUAAAAUGUAAAAAAACAGGAAAAUUGUUUUUGUUACCAUUACCUUGCUUUUCUAAAGUACGUUUACAUUUUUUUUUUUGUUAAAUUUAAUUUUUUUAACAUUAAUUCUUUUCAAUUUUAGUUUCUUUUUAUUUCAUUGUUGUUUUUAUUUUAUGUUUUUUUUUAAUUUUUUCUUCUUAUA